UUAUAGCUCCGGGAUUGUUGGGGGAACUGAAGGUGUUGAUCAAACUGGAGGUGUUGAUCAGACUGGAGGAGCUGAUCUGACUGUAGGUGCUGAUCGGACUGGAGAUGUUGAUCAGACUGGAGAUGCUGAUCAGACUGGAGAUGUUGAUCAGACUGAAGAUGCUGAUCAGACUGCAGGUCUUGAAAGGUCUGGCCGGUUUGUUGGGAAUGGUGGUGUCGAAGGCGCCUUUGACAGUGAGGGAGAUGCUGGCGAGUGGAGAGUUGGCGGACCAGCGGCUAUUUAUAGCUCCGGGAUUGUUGGGGGAACUGAAGGUGUUGAUCAAACUGGAGGUGUUGAUCAGAAUGGAGAUGCUGAUCGGACUGGACCUGGAAGUGUUGAUCGGACUGGAGAUGUUGAUCGGACUGGAGGUGUUGAUCCGACUGGAGGUGCUGAUCAGACUGGGGGUGUUGAUCGGGCUGGAGGUGUUGAUCGGAAUGGAGGUGCUGAUCGCACGGGAGGUGUUGAUCGGACUGGAGGUGUUGUGUUAAAAAGGAUUGCUGUAAUACAAGCUGGUUCUUCUCAGUGUACAUGUCGAUAA